AUGAGUUUCUAUGCUAUGCCUUUCCUCAUCUUCAACCUUGGAGGUGAGAUGAUGUAUAUUUUGAAUCAGAGAUUGGAGGCUCAGAAGAUUGCACCAGAGAAGAGUAAGAAGGUACUACAGGAUGUGGUGAAACACAUGUUUGAUGAGAAAUUUGUUGGAGAGUUGGCCAAGCCUCAAAAGAUUUAUUCGGAUGCUUCGAUUAGGGAGAUUUUUGAUAAGUUGGCACACUCAUCCAUCAUGAGGCUUUCAACGAGUAGUAUGAGCAAGCUCUAUGACCUGAUGAUCAUGGGAAUCAAGUAUUCAUUCCUUUCAUGCUCUCAUCCUCACGAGAUGCUUCAAUUUACUCUAAAUCACCUCGAUGAAAUUGAGAAUAUCAUUGGAAAGCAUGACAGUGAUCAGACGGCCCAAGAGGCAAAAAAGUGUGUUCAAAAGGCUAUGAAUGAGGUGAUUGAGAUUUCCAAAAAGAUGAAUAUCCAUGAUUUUAUGAAAUGUAGAUUUACUAUUUGCAAUUUCUUAAAGGAUCGGAACAUUAAAGUUUCGAUAUUCCUUUCGAACAAAAUUCAAUACCGAAGCACAGGAUUUUUCAAAAUCCCUAACAACAAGCAAUAUCCAGUGGGGUUCGACAAGCCGGGAACAUGUAGAUAUUUCGACAAUGAAGGGAAUCUUAAAGAUACAUCUCUUCUUCAAAAUCAUCCAAUGAAAGAAUAUGCUCACAACACUGCUAUUCAUUCUGACACUAAUCAAAGAACAUCCAAAUUGGGACAAAAUUUCUAUGCUUCAGACAAGACGAAAAACACUGACGAAGAUCAACAAGAGGAAGAGGAGGAUGAAUCAGCGUUUUCAUUCUCAGCAAAGAAGACCUUUGACACCACCAAAGAUUUGAAUAAUUUAGCUAGCAUGAUUGCAGGGCCAAGAGAAAGUAAGGAAACAUUUAAGGUGAACUUGUUCGCCAAAUUUGAUGUAUUUGAUGAGACUGGUGGAGGUGACGAAGAAGAUAUCGAUGAUAUGGAUAAGAAAUUUGAACAAUUAACAUUUGACUGCCGAACAUCAAAGAAAUCGACCAUUGAUUUUGACAUUGGCUCGAUUCAACAAACAACCUCACUAGAACAAGAUGAUUUAUUAGACUUAAUGGACUCAUAA